CUGGGAUUCCAGCGAUGCAGAGAACGGUAUCUAGAGGAGGAGGCACAACCGCUACAGUCAUGUUUUACUCAUCCAAUAAAAAGUGUUUACAAAGUGGUUGAUCCCGGUAUCGCUCAUCAGAUCGGUAUAAAAGGAGAGCGUGGUAAGAAGCCAUCCUUCGUGGUUGUGGAUGCCAGCGUGAAUGUUACAAGAGACGAAAAACGAAAGUUCGGUCGUCAUGACAAGAAAUACGUGCUUCUACCGUACCAUCAAGAAUUGUCGUUAUACUUGGACCAUCAUCUUGAACACAUCAAACAUGGACUUUUGAUUUCGGCGAUUGUGAACGAGAAUAGGCCGGCUCUGCGGAAUUAUAUACAUGCGCUGAAGAAAUUUGUGGAUGCUCACGGAUUUCGGUUCGUAAAGGAAGACCACCUCAAGUUUAUCAAAUUGAUGUACCUUAUAAUGAUCAAAAAAGAUCAAUGGCACGAUGUGGUGCAUUACGCUGCAAAAGCACUAGAAAAGCUUAUUAAGUAA